AUGGCCUGGACCCCUCUCCUGUUCCCCCUCUUCAUCCUUUGCACAGGCUCCGUGGCCUCCUAUGAGCUGACUCAGCCGCCUCUAGUGUCCGUGGCCUUGGGACAGACGGCCAAGAUCACCUGCUCUGGAGACCUACUGGACAAAAAGUAUACAUAUUGGUACCAGCAGAAGCCAGGCCAGGCCCCUGUGCUGGUCAUUUAUCAAGAUAGCAAGCGGCCCUCAGGGAUCCCUGACCGAUUCUCUGGUUCCAGCUCAGGCAAAAUUGCCACGCUGACCAUCAGCGGGGCCCAGGCCGAGGACGAGGCUGACUACUCCUGUGGGUCAGCUGACAGCAGCAUUUCACCGUGUUACACCUUCGGCAGCGGGACCAAGCUCACCGUCCUAGGUCAGCCCACGUCUGCGCCCUCGGUCACUCUGUUCGCGCCCUCCACUGAGGAGCUCAGUGCCAACAAGGCCACCCUGGUGUGUCUCAUCAAUGACUUCUACCCGGGCAGCGUGAAGGUGGCCUGGAAGGCAGGCAGCACCACCAUCACCAGGGGCGUGGAGACCAGCCAGCCCUCGAAACAGAGCAACAGCAAGUACGCGGCCAGCAGCUACCUGGCCCUGACGGCCAGCGAGUGGAAAUCUUACGAGAGUGUCAGCUGCCAGGUCACGCACGAGGGGAGAACCGUGCAGAAGACAGUGUCGCCCUCCGAGUGCCCCUAG